AGAGAAUAACAGGAUGAGGUGUUAAAUGUUAACUGUCAGAAGACGCUUGUCUCAGGGUCCAGGCAGGCCAAAGGUCCAUCGUGUGCCUCCACCUACUGACUCCUCCUAAAAGACAUAAUCAGCUCUCCGGUGACUCUACGAUCCAGCUUCCUCUCUGUUCCGGUUUGAAACCUUGCAGAGCUCUGGAAGACUAGAGAGGCUUACUGCUCGAGACUCGACUGAGAGGGGAAACACAGGUAAUGUGAAGGUGCACAAAGCUGCAGCUACUAUGGACAGUCACAUUAUACAGAUUUCCCGAGAUGACUUGGAAGAUCUAAAAGAAGCCUUCAACAAAAUCGAUAUUGAUAACAGCGGCUAUGUGAGUGAAUGGGAGCUUCAGGAGCUGUUCAAAGAGGCAAGCUUCUCCCUUCCAGGCUACAAGGUGCGAGAGAUCGUCGAGACCUUCAUUGCUGGAGAUACAAACAAAGAUGGAAAGAUCAGCUUUGAGGAAUUUGUCUCUAUCUACCAAGACCUGAAGAGUAGACAGAUCAGCGAGACAUUUAAAAAAAUUGUGUCACGGAGGGAUGGGAUUCGUUCUUUUGGAGGAACAUCAGGAAUCUCUAGCGAGGGAACCCAGCAUUCCUACGCUGAUGAGGAGAAGGUGGCUUUUGUAAAUUGGAUCAACAAAUCUUUGGCAAAAGAUCCAGACUGCCAACAUCUGCUGCCCAUGGACCCUGAUGAUGAAAGCCUCUUUACCUCUGUCCGUGAUGGAAUCCUCUUAUGCAAGAUGAUCAACCAUUCUCAGCCAGACACGAUUGAUGAAAGAGUCAUCAACACUAGGAAACCCUCUACCUUUCAUAUGAGAGAGAAUCUGGUCUUGGCCCUGAAUUCAGCCUCAGCUAUCGGGUGUACGGUGGUGAGCAUGGAUGCCCAUGACUUGAUGGCUGGAAAGCCCCACCUGGUUCUGGGAUUGCUCUGGCAGGUUAUCAAGAUUGGCCUCUUCGCUGACAUAGAAAUCAGCAGGAACGAAGGUCUGAUUGCCCUCCUAGCAGAUGGAGAAUCACUGGAGCACCUAAUGUCUCUCUCCCCUGACGAGCUGCUGCUCCGCUGGGUCAACUAUCAUCUACGCAACGCUGGAACGGAAACAAUCAGCAACUUCAGCGAAGACAUCAAGGACUCACGGGCCUAUUUCCACCUGAUGGAUCAGAUCACUUCCUGUGAGGAGGAUGAAUUCCAAAUGAGGAUAAAAAUUGACAUGAGCGGUCUCAAUGAGUGGGAUUUGGAGAAAAGGGCGGAGCUGAUGCUGCAGCAGGCAGCCAGACUGGAAUGCAGGCAGUUUGUUACUCCUCAUGAUGUCACAUCUGGAAACAGCAAACUGAACAUGGCCUUUGUGGCCAACCUGUUCAACAUGCACCCCGGUCUGCAGAAGCUUCUGAUGAACGGAGGCGAUUUAGAGCACAUAGAGAGGGAGACCAGAGAAGAAAAAACAUUUCGCAACUGGAUGAACUCUCUGGGUGUUUCUCCACAUGUGCACCAUCUUUACCAUGACCUGUGUGACGGCUUGGUGAUUCUGCAGCUUUAUGAUAAGGUCAAUGUGUUUGUGAACUGGAAGAAAGUCAACCGCCCUCCUUAUCCUGCUCUGGGGGCCAACAUGAAGAAGCUGGAAAACUGUAACUAUGCUGUGGAGCUGGGCAGGGAUGUCGCCCGCUUCUCCCUGGUUGGAAUUGGAGGAGUAAAUCUAAACGAGGGGAGUCGUGUACACACCUUAGGGCUGGUCUGGCAGCUGAUGAGGAGGUACACAAUUCAAGUUUUGUCUGAUUUGGGUGAUGGAGAGAGGGUGGUAGAUCAAAUCAUCCUGGACUGGGUCAACAAGAUGCUGAGUCAGAAUAGAAAGGACACACAAAUCACCAGCUUCAAGGACAAGCUGAUCAGCACCAGCCUGCCAGUGAUUGACCUGAUUGAUGUAAUUGCUCCGGGGAUGGUCAAGUUCCCCGUGGUGGCAAGAGGAGAAAAUGGAGUGCUGAAGAAAGAUGAUAAAAUCAACAAUGCCAAGUAUGCAAUUUCAUUGGCUCGUAAGAUUGGCGCUCGUGUCUACGCUCUGCCUGAUGAUUUGGUGGAGGUCAACCCCAAGAUGGUGAUGACUGUGUUUGCCUGCCUCAUGGGGCAUGGUAUGAAGAAAGCCAAAAACUGAAGUAGGCACAAACAACACUGAAUGAAGAUGGAAAAAUAUAUUUGUAUUUUACUUUUAAAAAUUUUCUUUAAGUUUUAACCUUGCCGUGCGUACAAAACAAAAACAGUCUAGCAUUCUCUAUUAUUCGUUUGCAAGAAAAGAAAGCUGUAAAUCUUUUUCCAUCAAUAAAGAUUAUUUUUUUUAUACGUGAUUUUAUGGAAGAUUGUUCUUUGCUUUAAUAAACUUAACCAAUUCUAUUUACUUCUUCUGCAAUAUGAGCCAGAGAUCCGGCAGAAGAAAAAGCAGAAUUAUACACACAUCUGUUCUGUCAAAUACAUUUUAUGUCUGUAAAUGUUGUGCAUUGAAUAUUGCUAUUUAAUUAAU